AGGGCGCAGUGAGUCGGAGUGCAGAACAGAAACAAAGAGCACUGAAAUGUCCUUGAGCAAAGCAUCAAGUUUACCGCGCUAAAGGAAGGUGAUCAGUCUCGGCUCUUGUUGGAAACUGGGUGUAACGGUAACGGUGCGCGUCUUAGUUUGUUAAGUAUGUUUAAGAAGCGCGACUAGAGACUCGUGCAGAGGAAUAUCGGAUCGAGUUCUCUCCGCCAAGAUUAAACCAACACCUAAGGAAAACAUGCUUUCUUUUCCAAAAGGAAUGGAAUACUACAUAAAAACGACCAAAUUAAGCAGUCGAUAACUAUAUUAGUCUUAUUCAAAACCAAAAACACGUUUUGCUUGGUCCUGCUUUAAAAGCAUUAACUUCUUUAAACUCCUAAGGAGUACAUUUGUGGGGAACAGUGAAUCCUUUUUCGUGCCAAAGUGCAGCAUCGAAGUGGAAUCCCUGGGGACUUAACCCAAAACAAAUAGCUUCAAUGAAGUUCAACAGACGGGUCUGUUUUGCGCCAAGUGUGCUGCUACUCCGAGCACUUGCCUGUACCUGCUUCAACAUUGAUAUCAGGAGCCCUCGUAUCUUUAAUGGCCCUGCUGAUGCACUGUUUGGAUUUAAAGUCCUGCAACAUGAAGCUGAUGGACAGAAAUGGAUGCUUGUCGGUGCUCCAUGGGAUGGGCCAGCAAAUAACAGACAGGGAGAUAUUUAUAAGUGCAUUGUGGGAGAGGAAAGAAAUUCAAACUGUACCAAAGUCAAUCUGGGGGAGACUGCCUUGCAGAAUGUAUCCCGACAGAUGAAAAACACCCAUUUUGGGAUGACUCUGACAAGCAAUAAGGACAAAGGCUUUGUGGCAUGUGCCCCCUUGUGGUCUCAGGAGUGUGGCACAUCGGUGUUCAGUACAGGAAUUUGUGCCAAUGUAGACAAAAACUUUAAUCCUACUAGGACUAUUGCACCCACUGCCCAGAGAUGUGCCACAUUUAUGGACAUUGUAAUUGUGCUUGAUGGAUCCAACAGCAUCUACCCCUGGUACGAGGUCCAGAAUUUCCUCAGCAACAUUCUCAGCAAGUUUCAUAUCAGUCCAGAACAAAUGCAGGUGGGUGUCCUGCAAUAUGGUGAAAUCUCAGUUCACGAGUGGUCUCUCCAGGACUACAAAACAACUCAGGAUGUAGUGGAAGCAGCUAAAAAUAUAAGCCGACAGGAAGGUCGUGAAACAAGAACUGCAUAUGCCAUUCACAUGGGCUGUACAGAGGCUUUCAGUCCUGAACGAGGAGCACGUGAUGGUGCCACCAAGGUGAUGAUUGUGGUAACAGAUGGAGAAUCGCAUGAUGGAGAAGAGCUGCCAGAGGCACUGUCUGAAUGUGAGAAACGAAACAUAACACGAUAUGCCAUUGCUGUUCUUGGACACUAUAUUCGAAGACAGCAAGACCCAGAGACGUUCAUCAAUGAAAUAAAAUACAUUGCAAGUGACCCUGAUGAAAAGUAUUUCUUUAAUGUAACAGAUGAAGCAGCACUCAAUGACAUUGUGGAUGCCCUGGGAGAUCGCAUCUUCAGCCUGGAAGGUACUUUGGGAUACAAUGAAAGCUCUUUUGAAAUGGAAAUGUCAGAGACCGGGUUUUCCACUCAUAUACUAGAGGAUGGCAUACUUUUUGGAACAGUCGGAGCCUAUGAUUGGGAUGGAGGUGUCUUGAAGGAAGGCCAGCAAGGUCGUAUUGUGCCACCACGUGAGGCAUUUGAGAAAGAAUUUCCCCUGGAGUUAAAGAAUCACGCUGCCUAUCUGGGCUACACAGUGUCAUCGGUAACAGUAAGGAAUGGCAAAAGACUGUACGUUGCUGGAGCGCCAAGGUUCAAGCACAAAGGAAAAGUUAUUCUCUUUGACCUCAAAAACAAUGGCAAUGUAACAAUUUCACAGGCCCUCAAUGGAGAGCAGAUUGGCUCUUACUAUGGAAGUGAGUUGUGCCCAAUUGAUGUAGAUGGAAAUGGAAUUACUGAUGUUCUGUUGGUGGCGGCCCCAAUGUUUCUGGGGUCAGGAAACAGAGAAACUGGUCGAGUCUACGUGUACACACUCAGUCGGGUACUAUUCACAUUCAAUGGAACUCUCCAAGCUCACAAAAAGGUGCAGGAUGCCCGUUUUGGAUACUCCCUAGCUGCUGCCCCAGAUUUAAACCAUGAUGGUUACAAUGACCUUGUGGUAGGAGCACCACUGGAGGACAAUCAUCGUGGGGCCAUCUACAUUUAUCAUGGGCAUCGAACCAGUAUCCUACCACAAUACAAGCAGCGGAUUCCAGGCUCUGCUUUGUCCCCAGGCCUUCAGUAUUUCGGUAGCAGUGUAAAUGGACAACUUGAUUUAGAUGGGGAUGGUCUGGUGGACCUUGCAGUUGGAGCUCAGGGUAGUGCUGUCCUUCUAAGCUCCAGAAGCAUUGUUACAAUUAAUGUAAGUAUAGAAUUUGAACCACAUUCAAUCAAUGUAAUCCAGAAGAACUGUCAAAGAAACAACAGGGACUCUGCCUGCAUCUCUGCCAAAGCCUGUUUCUCAGUAUCCUCUCGAUCUCCUGUCAUUCAGACAAUUACAUUUGCCCUUAACGUGACUGCUAACCUCGAUGACAGGAAAUUUGUGACAAGAGCAAUAUUUGAUGAAAACUCUCAGAAGCAAAUACAAAAAGUGAUGCAAGUUCAGAGCAAUGCAAUGACUUGCCACACCCUACCUUUCCAUGUCAUUGACACAGCUGACUACAUUCGACCCAUUGGCUUCACUCUGCGUUUCAGGAUUAAUGAUACAGAUGCUGGUCCUGUUUUAGAUGAAGGCUGGCCUACCUCUGUGAAGAAAUUUAUCCCUUUUUUUAAGGACUGUGGCGAUGAUGAUAUCUGUGUGUCUGAUCUUGUCCUACAGGCCACUAUGGACAUUUCUGGAACAAGACAAGAGCCAUAUAUUAUCCGGACCUCAAAACGGCGGCUUUCUGUCAAGCUGAUUUUGGAAAACCUCAAGGAAAAUGCAUACAACACUAGCUUGAAACUACUGUUUUCUAAAAACUUGCACUUCUCCAGUCUUUCAGUGAAGGAUGAACCACAGUCCAGAAUUGAUUGUACAGCACAAGCCACCAACAGCCGGUCAUGCAAUGUUAGUUACCCUGUGUUUAGGUCCUUGGCAAAGGUGACUUUUAAUCUGGAAUUUGAGUUCAGCUGCACCUCUCUGUUGAAUCGUGUUCAGAUGAAAAUCACUGCCACCAGUGAUAGCAUUGAAAAAGAGGAAACACUGCAGGACAAUUCCGUGCCACUGCUGAUAUUUGUGAGAUAUGAGCCAGACCUCUUUGUCAUAAGUGAAGCCAAUCUGAAUAGAUACGAGGUUCAUCCCAGCAAAACUGCCUCUGAAGGUAUUGGACCAGAGUUUAAAACAACAUUUAAGGUACAGAACCUGGGCUGCUACACCGUUAGCAAUUUGGACUUCAACCUCUAUUUCCCCUCAAUGGCUUUUGGAAACAGACACUUUCUGACAGUAAUGGACGUAUCCACCAGUAAUACAACUGCCCUAAACUGCAGUCUGGAGAGUAAUAUGGCAGUACUGCAAGAGGUACAGAAAGAUGCCCAGCCUGUCCAUCCUGAAGAUAUGAUGUUUGCUGAUAAUUUGAACUGCAGCAACUCAUUGUGUACAGUAGUGAACUGUCAGAUCGACCAGCUUCAGAAGGGCCAGUUUGCGAUUGCUCAGGUGACAAGGAGAGUCCAUGAUGACUUCUUUCGACAGGCUAAUUUUAGAUCAGUGAAGAUUAUUAGCACCUACAUGCUGCAAGUAAAGGAUGCUACCCUGAUCACACUUGGUCAGAGCAAUCAGUGGAGAGAGAGCACACUAGAGAUUAUUAAAGGGCGGUCGAUAUCCAUCUCAUUAUGGAUUCUUAUUGGUAGCAUCAUCGGUGGCUUGCUGCUGCUGUCAUUGAUCAUUUUCAUUCUGUGGAAGAUUGGCUUUUUCACAAGAAAAUCAAAAAAAGAUGAGGGUGACAAGGAAUGAAGAAUCCACAUUGCACAUGAACAACGAAAACAGUUUAUAAAGAGAAAUGCACAUCAAGCUAAAAGCACAAAUCUAAUCCAUUAAGAAACUUCUUUUUUUUUUUUAACCAAACAUUGGAAUACAUAUUUAACUUAAAAUGAAGAUUUACAACUACCCAAAUAUGUGUUGUCAUUCUGAAAUAUUUAAACCAAUUUCUGGGAAGAAGGAGAAAAAAGUCGGGAUUUCAUACAGUAAAAAAAAAAGACUUCAGACCAAUUUCUUUGUGCGUUAAAAUCUUUAUAAAAGCCAGUAAGUAAUUCAUAAACUUACUGCUUAUUCUUUUAGAAGGAAGCCAGCAGUUUGAGAUAAUGAAUGUUACCAACAAAUUAACAGAAUAAAGGAAAAUAGACAAAUCAAGAAAAAGGAACACGGCUUUUCAGCUGGGUAAAAUAUUUUUAUACAGAGCAUGUAUUUUGUUGACAUGAAGGAUU